GGCGGCCCGGCCCAAUGGGUGCGGGCUCCCGAGGAGAGGGCGGAGGAGAAGAGGAAGCAAGCGGGGCCGUGGGCCGCGUCCCCAUUCAUUGCAGUGGCCUGCUGGGUCGGGGUGCCGUGUUUUCCGAGCCAUGGAGGCGCUAAUCCCGGUCAUCAAUAAGCUGCAGGACGUCUUCAACACGGUGGGCGCCGACAUCAUCCAGCUGCCGCAGAUCGUCGUGGUGGGAACGCAGAGCAGUGGAAAGAGCUCAGUGCUGGAGAGCCUCGUGGGGAGAGACCUUCUUCCCAGAGGGACUGGUGUGGUCACUCGGAGACCUCUCAUUCUGCAGCUGGUCCACGUCUCACCAGAAGAUAAACGAAAAACAACUGGAGAAGAAAAUGGUAAAUUUCAGAACUGGAACCCUGCUACAUGGAAAAACUCAAGACACCUUUCUAAAGGAGUUGAAGCAGAAGAAUGGGGUAAAUUUCUUCACACCAAAAACAAGCUUUACACAGAUUUUGAUGAAAUUCGACAAGAAAUUGAAAAUGAAACCGAAAGAAUUUCAGGGAAUAAUAAGGGAGUAAGCCCUGAGCCAAUCCAUCUUAAGGUUUUCUCACCCAACGUUGUCAAUCUGACACUUGUGGAUUUACCAGGAAUGACCAAGGUACCUGUAGGUGAUCAGCCAAAGGAUAUUGAGCUUCAGAUCAGAGAGCUCAUUCUUCGGUUCAUCAGUAAUCCCAAUUCCAUCAUCCUCGCUGUCACUGCUGCAAAUACAGAUAUGGCAACAUCAGAGGCACUCAAGAUUUCCAGAGAGGUAGAUCCAGAUGGACGCAGAACUCUAGCUGUAAUCACCAAACUUGAUCUCAUGGAUGCGGGUACUGAUGCCAUGGAUGUAUUGAUGGGAAGGGUUAUUCCAGUCAAGCUUGGAAUAAUUGGAGUAGUUAACAGGAGCCAGCUAGAUAUUAACAAUAAGAAGAGUGUGACUGAUUCUAUCCGUGAUGAAUAUGCUUUUCUUCAGAAGAAAUACCCGUCUCUGGCCAACAGAAAUGGAACGAAGUAUCUUGCUAGGACCCUGAAUAGGUUGCUUAUGCAUCAUAUCAGAGAUUGUUUACCAGAGCUGAAAACAAGGAUAAAUGUCUUAGCUGCUCAAUAUCAGUCCCUUCUGAAUAGCUAUGGUGAACCUGUGGACGAUAAGAGUGCUACUUUACUGCAGCUUAUCACCAAGUUCGCCACCGAGUACUGCAACACUAUUGAAGGAACCGCAAAGUACAUUGAAACCUCUGAGCUAUGCGGUGGUGCUAGGAUUUGUUAUAUUUUCCAUGAGACUUUUGGGCGAACCUUAGAAUCUGUUGACCCGCUAGGUGGCCUUAACACUAUUGACAUUUUGACUGCCAUCAGAAAUGCUACCGGUCCCCGUCCUGCUUUAUUUGUGCCUGAGGUUUCGUUUGAGUUACUGGUCAAGCGGCAAAUCAAGCGUCUAGAAGAGCCCAGUCUCCGGUGUGUUGAACUGGUCCAUGAGGAAAUGCAAAGGAUCAUUCAGCAUUGUAGUAAUUACAGUACACAGGAGUUGUUACGGUUCCCUAAACUUCAUGAUGCCAUAGUUGAAGUAGUGACUUGUCUUCUUCGUAAAAGGUUGCCUGUUACAAAUGAAAUGGUACAUAACUUAGUGGCAAUUGAGCUAGCUUAUAUCAACACAAAACAUCCUGACUUUGCUGAUGCCUGUGGGCUAAUGAAUAAUAAUAUAGAGGAACAAAGAAGAAACAGGCUAGCAAGAGAACUCCCUUCAGCUGUAUCACGAGACAAGUCUUCUAAAGUUCCAAGUGCUUUGGCACCUGCCUCCCAGGAGCCCUCCCCUGCUGCUUCUGCUGAGGCUGAUGGCAAGUUAAUUCAGGACAGCAGAAGAGAAACUAAAAAUGUUGCAUCUGCAGGUGGUGGGAUUGGAGAUGGUGGUCAAGAACCAGCAACAGGCAACUGGAGAGGAAUGCUGAAAACGUCAAAAGCUGAAGAAUUACUUGCUGAAGAAAAAUCAAAACCGAUUCCAAUUAUGCCAGCAAGUCCACAAAAAGGCCAUGCUGUCAAUUUGCUGGAUGUGCCAGUUCCAGUUGCACGAAAGCUGUCUGCCCGUGAGCAGCGGGACUGUGAGGUUAUUGAAAGACUCAUCAAGUCAUACUUUCUAAUUGUCAGAAAGAAUAUUCAAGACAGUGUCCCAAAGGCAGUAAUGCAUUUUCUGGUUAAUCAUGUGAAAGAUACUCUUCAGAGUGAAUUAGUAGGGCAGCUGUAUAAGUCUUCCUUAUUAGAUGACCUUCUGACUGAAUCUGAGGACAUGGCACAGCGUAGGAAAGAAGCAGCUGAUAUGCUAAAGGCAUUACAAGGAGCCAGUCAAAUUAUUGCUGAAAUCCGAGAGACUCAUCUCUGGUGAUCAGAACUGUUAACACCCAGACUGUGUUGACUUGAACCUGGUAGCUACUAUCUACCUGAGUAGAAGUUUAUUUAUGAACUCUUCUGUAUUGCAGCGUAUGAAUUUGCUCGUGUGAAGAUUGGCUAUAAGCUGAAAAGUAUACUCUGCAUUACAAAACAAAUCACACAUUUAAUUCACAUUUUUAAAGUUUCCUAUGAUACAUGUAUAUCAAGUCUGUCUCAGUCAAGCUUACAAGAACAAUGGAUGUUCUAGCUGUACAAAGCAGUUUGCGUGUGGAGAUGAUGACCCGUGUAACUUUUCUGUAGUCUUAAAGCUACAGCCAUAGUCCUCAGAAAGAAAGCUCCAGGACAUUUCAUGACUAUAAUGCAUGCACUAUUUAUAUAGACUGAUCUGGCUUUAAAAGAUGGAGCCUGACAAGUGUAUCCACCUAUCCUUCAUUUUUAUAGUCUUAAGAAAACUCUAACCUUUGCUGUUUUAAGAAAUGUGUAAGAUCCAAAAGACUUAUAAAGAUGUAGGAACAGACUGUCGUUAUUGGUUUAUCCAUUUCAAAAUCUACAGUGUAGUGUUAAAAAUUAAAAUAUACUUUGAUUCAUAAUUGACUUCCUACAUUAAAAACUAUUGGGAAUGUACUUGGUAAUAAUAGCCAGUCCUUUUAAUUUCUAAAAGAUCCAAUGGAGACCUAAAUUUCCCAUAGUUUACAAAUAGAAUAACAGCAAUUCAAAUACACCUUUAAAGUGGGACAGCUGCAUUGGGCUCCAAGACUCACAGUGAGGUGGGACCUAAAAUUCCACUCUGUACAAAUUGGUAAUAGCCACGUUAGUUCCAUACCAAGAGAAAACAUUAGAAUGAUGGUAUGAAAACACUAGUGGAACCUUGUUUCUUAAAGAAAAAUACUUGGACAUACACCUAAAAGCUUAUAGACUAUUAGAAUGUAUUCAGAGGUUGAGGGUCAUGUUUACAACCUAUUGUGUGAAAAUUGUCUGGACAAUUCAUGGUGUAAAUUAAGCAUUAAAAAAUUUUCAGACCUAAGUAAAAA